AUGAAUUCUGAGCAGGCCGUGUUCAUCGUCGGGGCUGCGCGGACACCAGUUGCAAAGAUCAACGGAUCUUUGUCGUCAUUCACGGCCACUGACUUGGGAGCUGCUGCUAUCAAAGCGGCAGUUUCGAGAUCUGGGAUCCCAGCUGAUCUGGUUGACCAUGUUUACAUGGGACAAGCCCUUCAGGCUGGAGCUGGUCAAUCGCCGGCAAAGCGAGCGGCGAUUCUUUCCGGACUCUCUGAGACAGCAGACGCCACUACUGUUAACAAGGUCUGCGCUUCUGGACUGAAGGCGGUUUGUCUUGCCGCUCAGGAAAUCAUGCUUGGACAUGGCGCCACAGUUGUGGCCGGUGGCAUGGAGAGCAUGUCAAAUGUUCCUCUGUACAAAGCAAAGAAUCGUGGCCCCGGGGGGACAAAACCUGCUGAGGAUGACAGUUUUUCCGAUGGUCUUCAUGAUGGGUUGGUGAAUCCCUAUGACGGACUGUUCAUGGGCAGCUGUGCAGAUCAAAUUGCAGGGCGACAUGACAUAUCGAGAAAUUCUCAGGACAAAUAUGCCGCAACCGCGUAUCGAAAAGCAUGUGCAGCUCAGAAAAGAGGUUUACACGACCAUGAGAUUACAUCAAUAGUGUCCUCAUCGUCGUCGCAGCCAGAGGACGUGGUCGCUGACACAAUUAGGGACAAGGCAGUUUUCCAGAAGCUGUCAUCUCUGCCUCUAGCCUUCUCAGAUACUGGGACAAUUACGGCUGGCAACUCGUCCACGCUGGCUGAUGGGGCCGCGGCUGUUGUUCUUGCGAAUCACACUGUAGCGAAGAAAUAUUGUGAGAAAACCGAAAUACUUGCCAGGAUCAUCUCCUUUGCAGACGCAUCGGAGAAACCGAUUGACUUCGCGGUGGCUCCCUCCAAAGCGAUUCGACUUGCUCUGCAGAGAGCGAAAUUGGCAACCGAUCAAAUUUCUCUAUGGGAGAUUAACGAAGCCUUUGCAGUCGUUGUACUGGUGAACCAGGAGAUUCUCAAACUGGACAAAAGCAAAGUGAACGUAAAUGGCGGCGCCAUUGCAACUGGUCAUCCUCUCGGGAGCUCGGGUUGUCGCAUUUUAGUUAGUCUGGUUCAUCAACUCGAACCUGGGCAAUAUGGCGUUGCUGCAAUUUGUAAUGGCGGUGGAGGAGCAACGGCGAUGGUGGUGCGGCGCCUUGAUGUGGGAUGCUUUGAAAGUUGA